AUGGAAUUCUUGAAUACUAUUCCCAUACACACGGACGAGGCGAGUCAGGAAGCAUUACGUAUAAGUGCUGGAGUGAGGUGGAACCAUAUAUGGACAAAUGAGAAUGUAGUUAAAUCACCGUUUAGAGAUAUCGAAAUACCGAAUGCAACAUACGCGGAAUAUGUGUGGAAGAAUUUGGAUAAGUGGGCCACCAAGACUGCUACGGUGUGCGGUAUUACAGGCAGACAAUAUACGUAUGAGCAAAUCUAUAAACAGUCACAAGUUCUAGGAGCAGUCUUGAGAAAGAAAUUUAGAAUAAAUAACGGUGACACUGUGGCUAUUAUGUUGCCUAAUUUACCUGAAUAUCCAACAGCUAUUUUGGGUGUACUGAGCGCUGGGGGCUUGGUCACCACUUUGAAUCCAAAUUAUACUGCGUAUGAAGUUCAGAGACAAAUUCAUAUGUCUGACGCGAAGUUAAUUACUGUCACCGCAGAUAUUGUUCCUACAGUUAAGCAAGCAUUAGAAUUAUGCAAAAUGAACAUUCCAAUUGUGGUCAUUUAUAUAGAAAGUCCUCUCCCGGAGGGAACUAUAUCUUUUAAAGAAAUAAUUGAAGAUAACCAUGUUGAUCUCGGACUACCCAAAGGCGUUGAGUUGACUAAUCGCAAUAUUAUAGCUAAUGUCGAGCAACAAAACACAGAAAUUAAACAAUAUGUGGAUACCACAGAUUCGCAUCAAGAUAACGUGUUAGUUUCUCUACCAAUGUUUCACUCCUACGGUAUGACAAUUGUGACCCUACACAAACUUAGUGUCGGUAUAAAGCUUGUCACCUUACCAAGAUUCAAGCCUGAAACUUUCAUAAAUACAUUAGCAAAGUACCACUUCCACUUGUUCUACUUUGCACCACCAACAGUCCUCUUUUUGGGCUCACAUCCUCAAGUGCAAACAAAACACUUUGAACAUUUAAGAUGCGUGACAAGUGGCGCUGCCCCGUUGCCAAUAGCAGACAUUGAAAGGUUUUUGGAGAAAGUAAACGCGAAUAGUCACUUUUGUCAAGCCUAUGGCUUAACGGAGACUGCACCUCUCCCAACUGCCAGUCCUCUUGGUUACAAAGAAUAUUCUAAAGUGGGAUUUGGUCUUCCAAAUGUCGAGUUAAGGAUAAUAGACGAAAAUUUAAAAAAUCGCGGGCCUAAUGAGUGCAUGGCUAGAGGU